CGCGGCACCCUGCUUCCACUCUGUGACAUUGCAGUUGCGGGCACUCGCCCCUGAUGGCUUUUCGCUCGAUGUUCAAAUCUUCGCUAAGGAGAUGUGGUAUCCCGGCAUCGAAAGUCUUGCGGUACACGCCGAGUCGCCUGACCGUGCAUGUGACGGUCCUGGGUCUAGGCGCUUGUCUUUUUGCCGCAAAUCGCACGACUGUACACGCAGACAGCGAGAGCGACGACUCAACGGAGACUCAGAUAUCUCCUUCUGAGACUCCUCUAGAAGCCGGUUUCACUGCCGACAAGGACGCCUGGACGGACUUUGUCAGAUAUCUGGGCUCGCAGUCGUCCGAGGGAAUCACGAGGAUAUACUGGCUUACAAGAUUCGAUGCGAGGUUGCGGAUCAUGAGCUAUGGUUCAAAAACGAUGAUUAAUCUCUUCGAUGGAGAUUUCCUAAACAGAGCCAACAUCGCUGAUCUAACAACGGAGAACCUUUGGUUUAAUCUUGCCGCGCUAUUCCGAUGGUAUCAAGUUGACAACACGGUCUCUCAGCCAGUUGAACAGGUCCACGAGACCCAUCCAUCCUCUGAUGCGAUCCAUUCUGUCAUCAAGACGGCGAUCAUAUAUACCGACGAGUUUCUUCUCGGCCACUUUCUCGGACGCACAUUCAGUUCCUUGACGAAGAAGUACGCGGCAGACGCUAUCCGCGCGACGACUUCUACGUGUCUUGUCUCCGCUUUCUACGAAGCAGAUGUCCAGAUGCUGCACAUCACCAGUUUGGGCAACAUGCGCGCUUUUCUCGGCCGGCCGAUAGAAGACGCAGCCACCGACGGGCCACAACAAUAUGCUGCGCACGUCCUCUCCGUCGAUCAUUCCCCCCAAAACCCAUCGGAAAAACAACGGAUAGCGGGAUUUCACCCAGGUGAAGAGGAUCUCUUCGAAGACGACUUGUUCCUCGGCCGAAGCUACACUCGUGCUAUUGGCGACGGCAAGCUCAAGUGGUCAACCGGAACCCAACAAAGACUACAUGCCGACUACCUCGGCUCCGCUCCCGACCCCAAAGUGCGCACCCCGCCUUACAUUUCUGCAGAGCCGGAUAUUACCGCCAUCAAGAUCAAGCCGGGAGAUUUUCUUGUCCUUUCCUCCAACUGGUUGUCGAAAUCGCUGACUAGCGAAGAGGUCGUCGGGCUUGUGGGAGACUGGCUGAACAAGAAUAGACACACUCACCUGUACGACCCUAUCGACCCGUCCUUCGCACCGGAGGGCAAAGCCGUCGAAAUUCCCGCAGAAGAGCUGCCCGUCACUCUGAAGGAGGACAAUACAACCAUGUUCCGACGCUGGAAUGUGCCCAAACGGUUUAUUACCGUAGAGCAGAAUCCUGCGACUCACGUUGUGAAUAAUGCGCUAGGCGGCGCCAAUCUGGAACUCAGAUCAGCCCUGGAGGAACUGCCGCUGGAAGGAUCGGAGGGCAAUUUAUGCAUUCACACUCCGCCGCAGGCGCGGCAGGGCAUCGUCCAUCAUCACUCCUCAUCCCCCAGUCCGUUACGAAUCGUCAUGUCUGGGUGGCAGCAGCCGGGAUACCAAUACCCCAUGCAAACGGGGUAUCCUGGUGCUAAUCCACAAUACCAGCAGCAGCCCGCUCAGUUCCAGCAACCUCCCCAAGGAAACCUCUCUUUCUUGCAAAACCCUCCGCAGCAGCAGCAGCAGCCGGGUCUCGUCCCUCAGCGGACGGGAUAUGUACCACCCGCCGGGAUGCAGCAGCCGAUGCAGCCCCAGGCGACGGGCUACCCAGGUGGAGGCGGCGGCUUUUUGCAGUCGCAGCCCACGGGUUACGUCAGUGGUGGAAAUUUCCAGACGCAACACCGCCCUGCCCCGCCCCCGCCCGUCCCAGCGCUCCCUCCCCAGUUCGCCGGACAGGGCAGUGCUUUGUUGGGUGCCCAGCAGCCGAGUCGUUUCAUGAGCACGUCGCCCGGGCCGAUGGGCCUCGUUCCUCAGGCCACGGGUUUUCCCGGUCAGCGGCCGCUUGUUGCGCAGCCGACAGGCUUCGUGGAUCCCCGCUUGGCGCUCAUGUCGAACUCCUUCAUGCCUAUGAACACCGGCUCGCCGUAUUCCGCCGGUGGCGCCCCGCAACUGCAGACUGCGAACGCCAAUUUGCAGCAAUCGUUCCAGCAGAUCCAGGCGCAGAAACCGCGCAUCUCGUGGGCGUUGGGGAAAGCAGAGAAGAAGAGCUACGAUGCUAUCUUUCGGGCUUGGGAUGCGCAGAACACAGGGUUCAUCAGUGGACAGACAGCUUUGGAGGUGUUCGGGCAGAGCGGACUUUCCAAGGACGAUUUGGCGCGGAUCUGGACCCUUGCUGAUAUCGAUGACCGGGGAAAGCUGAAUAUUGCUGAGUUCCAUGUUGCGAUGGGAAUCAUCUACCGAAGACUCAACGGCAAUGACAUUCCAGACCAGUUACCCCCCGAACUCAUCCCUCCUUCGUCGCAUGGCAUCGAAGAUUCUGUCCACUUCAUGCGUGACAUCCUCAAGAAUGAGACCCGAUCCCAGAACCAGUCCCCGUCGGACGGUCCCACCUCCUACUUGCCCAACCGGUCGCUCAAUUCCAAUACCAACUCUGGUCGAGAUGCUGGCCGUGAUGCAACUAUUUACAAGCACAAUGACACGCGCGAAGCCUACAAGCCGCGGAAUCGACAUGUCGACAGGGACGCCGUGCGCUCGACGUCGGAAAUGGAUUCGCCAUCGGCUGACCUCAGUGACAUUCAGCGUCAGCUGAAGAACACUGCCUCCAUGCUUGAUCGUGCUGCGGAGGCAGAUCGGUCCCGCAAUGCGGAGGACGAGGCUCUGAGUCAGGAGUUGGAAGAUCUUAAGUACCGGGCGGAACGUAUCAACGAGGAUCUGGCUUACACUCGCCGGGGAAUCCCGUCUGCCGCGAAGGAUGAUGAGCGCCGCAGGCUUGAACGGGAACUAAUGGAGCUUAUGCACGUGAAGGUUCCCGAGGUUGAACGUCGUCUGAAGCAGAGGGAAGAGAGAAAGGAGAAGGAGAAAAGAGAGGAAAACCGCGAGCGUGAUCGAAGAAACGAACGUUUCGGACGAUACGAUGACCGGGAUCGCGACCGUGACUACGACAGGGAUCGUCGACGUUACGACGAUGAGGAGCGCGACAGGCCCUACUCUCGCGGUGGAGGAUACCGGGACGACCGCGACUUUGAUCGCGGUCAGUACCGUCGGCCGUCUCCUUCUCUGAGGGAUCGUGAGUAUGAACGCGAUGACCGCCGAGAGCGCGAUUACGAUCGACCUCGAAGUGCAGCGCCCCCAGAAGCUGCACCAACUCCACCGCCAGCCGCAGCGCGUCCAGCGGCAACCCCAUCGCCAGCUCCAGCCACCAAGAACAUGACCCCCGAGGAACGCCAAGCCUUUGCUCGGGCGGAGGCCAAACGACGAGUGGAAGCACGGAUGGCCGCCCUGGGCGUGACACCGUCGCCUGGGUCAGCAGCUCCUGCGAUCGAUACUAGCAUUGAAGAGCGUCUAGCCCAGGAAAAGAAGGAAGCGGAGCAGAAAGCCUUGCUUGCUGCCCAAGAGGCCGAAGCCAGAGAAGCAGCACGCAAGGAGAGAUUGGCGAGCGAGAAGGCGCUGAGAGAGCCGACGCCUGUUCCUACGCCAACAACUAGCGCGGCUCCACCGGCCCCGACGCCCGUUCCUACUCCCUCAAGGCCAGCCGCUGCUCCUCCGAAGCCGAAGGCAGCGCCGCCGCCCCCAGCGCCGCGGUCGAAAGUCGCCCCACCGCCUCCCAAACCUCGUGCAGCGCCACCACCAGCUGCCCCUCCCAGGGCUCCCGCCCCUCCUCCGGCGCCAGCUGUUCCCGAAGUCGACCCGGAGGAAGAACUUUACCGGCAGAAGGAAGAGCAGCUCCGGAAGCAAAGGGAAGCUCGGGCUGCGCGACUGCGGCAGUUGGAGCUGGAAGAGGAACAGGCCGCAAAGGAAGAAGAGGAUAGGAUUCGGGCUCGAACUUUGGCUCGUCAGCAGGCGAGUGCGCCUCAGCCAGCGAGCCCUGCUGCACCUAGCAGUGAUCUUUCGGCCAGCGUGACAAGCUUCAGCACCCGUUCGCCAUCGCCUGUCCUGGUUGCCGUCCCGACUCCGACCCCUCCCCCUGCUACAAUAGUCGAGAGCCCACCUACCGCGGGCAAAUCGAACAAUCCUUUCGACAGGAUCCGAGCAGCUGGCGGGGGAACCCCUGCCUCCCCUCCUGUAGUCGGUGGCACUAAUCCGUGGGAAUCCGCAAUCGCGACACCCCCGGUAGCAUCACCGGCGAGUCCUCCUGCUGUUCGAAACAACCCUUUCCCGGCUCCGGUCAAAACACUGUACAACACAGCACCUACUGGAUUGGGCGAGGAUGACUGGGAAGAUGUCGUGGAAAACGAAGGCAGCGACUCGGAUAGCGACGAUGAGCCGAAUCGGAAUACGAGGCGGAAGCUAGCGGAGGAGUUGUUCGGUGGUAUAUUGCCACCUGCCGGACCGCGGAGUGCGACACCCCAGACCCCAGCUGUCUCUUCGCCACCUGCUGCACCGGCACCGCCUCCACCGCCAAGUGCACCGGCAGCUCCUCCUCCUCCCGCGGCUCCGAGGGCACCGCCGCCACCCUCCGCGGCCCCAGCUGCGGCACCUGGCGACAUGAGCGCUUUGCUCAAGUCAAUUCAGGGUGGUCUCAGCCUGCGCAAGACUGUCACAGUUGACAAGAGUGGGCCCGGGCUCUCAGGCAAAGUCAUCGGCGACUCUGCACCUCCAAGCCACAUCUCUGCUAUACCACAGGCCCCGAGCCCUCCUCCAAUUCAGGCGGCUCCGUCGUCCAAGGACAAUCGCCAGAGUGUCGAUUGGUAUGCCGGCUUGGCUGCCGAUGCCGCACCGCCGGUCAUCGAUGUGUUGCCCCCGAUGAAGGAAGAGAGCGAAUAUGACGAACCGUACGGUACGGUGCCCGAUAUCCAUGUCGAGCACGAGCCGGAGGCCAGCGGCGAGAGCGAUCUGAUGGCUGAUAUCGACAAGAGUGUUGAACUCCGGGUUCGGUCGCUCUACGCUUAUCAAGGUGACGGGCCCGAUGAUCUGUCUUUCUCUGAUAACAUCAUUCUGCUGGCGAACCCAUCGAAGUCGGGAGGAGAUUGGUGGUUUGGCAAGUCCCUGCGAGAUGGAAGCAAGGGUUUAUUCCCCAAGACCUACGUGCAGGAGAUCCACGCUGUGAAAGCAAAGGCAGUGUAUGCUUACGCAGCUGGGAACCCCGACGAGGUUUCGUUCGACGAGGGAGAACAGCUCACGAUCAUCGAUCAUUCCGAAGAUGAGUGGUGGAAAGUGGACAAGGGCGGAGAGAUUCUGAUCGCACCGGCUGGCUAUCUGGAACUCGUAGAGGUACCCAAUUCCGCUAUUACGACCGCCCCUGCCAACCUAGAGAAGGAUGCUCCCGAGUCCGAUUCCGAUUCCGAGGAAGACGACGACGACGAAUACGGAGACGGCGAGGAGUCUGACUAUCACUCACUGGACGGCAGCGACGACGAAAAUGGAGAAGCGAGAGAACAUGAACGACAGCUGGUUCUGGAAGCUGCUGGGCUGAUCUUGAAGAACGAUGCUGUCCCGCCUCCUCCUCCAACAAGGAGACGGUCGUCGAAAGAUGAUCCGGAGCCCAAGAAAAGACGACGUCCGCCGCCAGCAGCGCCGGUAUCCUCUCGAGUGGCGACGAAAGAGCUGCCUCCCAUCCCGCUCGAUGAUGCGUUUGAACGCUACGAGGCGUUCCGCGAGCAGAGGCUGAGCAGUGAAGGUCAUCGACUGAGUGUCGCGUCGAUCGAAGUCCCAUCGUCUCCGACCAUGAGUAUGACUCCCAGUGUGUCGUCUGAGGGAACGACGACAGGUAGAGGGUAUUCGCAUUUUCUUCAUUUUCUCGGUCGGAAGACGCCUAAUUCUGGAGGGGAAGACAAGAUCAGGCCCAUGAUCUCUGGUCCGAUUUUGCAGCAGGUGGAGGGGGCUGAGACGAGGGCGAACAGUCCUGCAUUCGGCAGUUCCUGGGCGAGUCUGGUCGACAAGUCGGCGCUGGAGGGUAUCCCCACCAACGAGCGCAAGCGCCAGGAGGCGAUAUUUGAGCUGAUUGCCACAGAGAUCACCUAUGUGCGGGAUCUGCAGCUGAUCGUUGAGACAUUCUACGCUCGGAUGCUGCCGAUUCUGGAACGAAAAGCCAUCACGGUGGUGUUUGCCAACAUCGAGGACAUUCUGCUGACAAACACAACUUUGAUGUCCUCGCUCGAGGAGCGACAAAAGGAGUGCCGGCUAUACGUGGACCGGAUCGGGGACAUCUUGAGUGGACAUAUCUGCGACUCGAACAUGGAUAUGGUGUACAUGGAAUACUGCGUCAACCAGAGUACAGCGGCGAAAGUCCUGCAGUCGCUGCGUGCGCAGAACCCGGAGGUCGAGAAAGUGCUGAGUGGGCUGAAAGCCGAGCUCGCAACGCGGAACCUGGAUCUGGAGCACUACCUGCUGACACCCAUGCAGCGGAUCACGCGGUACCCACUGCUCAUCAAACAGAUCCUGCACUUCACAGAGGCGGGCGACGAGCACCGCGCGGUGCACCAGUCGCUGAACGCAGCUGAGCGCAUCCUGCGGCGGAUCAACGAGUCGAUCCGGCAGCUCGAGGGCCGGGAGACGCUCGCUCGGGUCUCCCAGACGCUGUGGAUCGGGCAGGGGCGGCUUGAUCUCACUGCGCCCACGCGACAUAUGGGCGCACGGCAGCUGAUCAAGGAGGGCCCGCUGGUGAAGUGCAAGAGCGGGCGCAGGCUGCACGGGUAUCUGUGCUCGGAUAUUCUCGUGCUGGUGUCGAGCGAGAAGACGCUCUAUCGGCUGCCGAUCCCCCUGCGGGGCGUCAGAGUGGGGGACUACGGAAACGACGAGUCUGCGUUCCAGAUUGAAGGCAUCGCACUCAGGGCGACCGGGGUCAGGGACUGCCAGGUCUGGAUGAGCGAGAUUGAGCGUGCAGCGAAAAAGUGUGCUGACGCGGAGAGGAGGUCGACGCUAUAAUGUGUACUACUAAUAUAUCAAGUUAAUGGACCUUUUUUGGAUCACAAUAACCGCACUCAGCAAGUGGCACCAUGAUAUGGGCUUGAAGUCG